GGUAUAAGAUUUGUUCAAGCGCGCGCUAAACUGCAGCAAAGAGUUACAUAUAUUUCGGCUUUGUAAAAUGUUUCAUACAAGCUCACAGAGAAAGCACUGGAUGUUCUCUAGUCAAGAUGAAGUACAAAACCUACGAGUAAAAGUGAAUUCUGAAUAUAUCGAGAAAUAUCGUCAGACUAGCAAUGAAGAAGUGGGAUGUCUGACUGUUGAAGAAGAGAAAAAACUAGUUGACUAUUAUCAGCUUGUUCUUGCUGAUUUACAAGCGAAGUUUAAACCUCUAAUGGACCCUCCAAUGCCUAAUGUAGCUGUGGCAACUGCCAUAGCGUACAUGAAACGGUUUUAUCUGAAGACAUCGGUUAUGGAUCAUCCACCAAGAGAAAUGUAUUUGGUGUUCUUGUACAUGGCUUGUAAGGUUGAAGAGUACAACAUUUCAGCUGAAAGAUUUGUGWGCAUUUUACCAGCAGAUCGAAGAGAAAAAGCUCUUGAUUUUAUUCUCUCCCAUGAAUUGUUGCUYAUGCAACAGCUGGACUUUCAUAUGACAAUACACAAUGCAUACCGUCCACUUGAAGGAUUUAUAAUCGACAUCAAAACAAGAUUGAAUAUAAACCCAGACCAAUGGAGGUCUAAAGCAGAACACUUUCUUCUGUUAUCACUACGUACUGAUGCCUCCUUUUUUAAUCCUCCAUCUCAGCUUGCACUUGCAGCAUUGCAUUAUGGAUGUGAGAGUGAUGACAUCAUAAAGUACAUGAUGUCAUUGGGAAACAGCGACAAGAACAGAAAAUUGAUUGAACAAAUUAGRAGUAUAGUUAAGGUUGUUACCUUCCAGAAGCCUCUUGUUGCAAAGGAUGAAAUUAAAGCCUUGGAACAAAAGCUCAAAGGUUGCCGCAACCCUGAUAAUAAUCCAGAGGGAAAAGUUACAAAGAGAAAGAAGAAGAUUGACAAUUCUGAAAGUGCGGAAAAAGAACUUGUUGUGCCAAUGGAGAUUAAUAAUUGAUGACAAGACUGGAAGUUUGAAUUUCUGAUGUUUUGAAGCAAAAAGAUGCACACUGGUUGAACUGCUGAUUCUUAAGUUAAAACUUUAUUGCAGUUUGAGAACAUGAAAAUAUGCAUAAAUCUAAGUUACAGAACAAGUGUUCCAAGUGUAAAAAUGUAAAGCAUUUGAUGCAUUCAUAAAAAUCUAAAAAUACUGGGUACCACCA